AUGUCUCCUCGCACCAUUACCAUGUCUAGACAUAGCCACUCCCUAUAUACUCUCCUUUCCCACCUCCUCCUCUUUCUUGCUUGUCUUCUCACUAGCAGAGAUAGCAUUCAUUACUCGACCUUCCUCAGACAGAGGUUGCAUUCAUUACACGACCUUCCUCAGGCAGAGGUUGCAUUCAUUACUCGACCUUCCUCAGACAGAGGUUGCAUUCAUUACUCGACCUUCUUCAGGCAGAGAUUGCAUUCAUUACUCGACUUUCAUCAGACAGAGGUUGCAUUCAUUACUCGACCAUCUUCAGACAGAGAUUGCAUUCAUUACACGUCCUUCUUCAGAGAGAGAUUGCAUUCAUUACUCGACCUUCGUCAGACAGAGGUUGCAUUCAUUACUCGACCUUCCUCAGACAGAGAUUGCCUUAAUUACUCGACCUUCAUCAGACAGAGAUUGCAUUCAUUACUCGACCUUCCUCAGACAGAGAUUGCAUUCAUUACUCGACCUUCAUCAGACAGAGAAUGCAUUCAUUACUCGACAUUCCUUAGACAGAGUUUGCAUUCAUUACUCGACAUUCUUCAGGCAGAGAUUGCAUUCAUUACUCGACCUUCCUCAGACAGAGGUUGCAUUCAUUACUCGACCUUCUUCAGGCAGAGAUUGCAUUCAUUAGUCGACCUUCAUCAGACAGAGGUUGCAUUCAUUACUCGACCUUCUUCAGACAGAGAUUGCAUUCAUUACACGUCCUUCUUCAGACAGAGAUUGCAUUCAUUAAUCGACCUUCGUCAGACAGAGGUUGCAUUCAUUACUCGACCUUCCUCAGACAGAGAUUGCAUUCAUUACUCGACCUUCCUCAGACAGAGGUUGCAUUCAUUACUUGACCUUCGUCAGACAGAGGUUGCAUUCAUUACUCGAUCUUCCUCAGACAGAGAUUGCAUUCAUUACUCGACCUUCCUCAGACAGAGGUUGCAUUCAUUAAUCGACCUUCCUCAGAAAGAGAUCGCAUUCAUUACUCGACCUUCAUCAGACAGAGAAUGCAUUCAUUACUCGACCUUCCUCAGACAGAGAUUGCAUUCAUUACUCGACCUUCGUCAGACAGAGGUUGCAUACAUUACUCGACUUUCCUCAGACAGAGAUUGCAUUCAUUACUCGACAUUCAUCAGACAGAGAUUGCAUUCAUUACUCGACCUUCAUCAGACAGAGAUUGCAUUCAUUACUCGACCUUCAUCAGACAGAGAAUGCAUUCAUUACUCGACCUUACAUAGACAGAGUUUGCAUUCAUUACUCGACCUUCUUCAGGCAGAGAUUGCAUUCAUUACUCGACAUUUCUCAGACAGAGACAGAGGUUGCAUUCAUUACUCGACCUUCCUCACACAGAGAUUGCAUUCAUUACUCGACCUUCCUCAGACAGAGGUUACAUUCAUUACUCGACCUUCAUCAGACAGAGAAUGCAUUCAUUACUCGACCUUCCUCAGACAGAGGUUGCAUUCAUUACUCGACCUUCCUCAGACAGAGAUUGCAUUCAUUACUCGACCUUCAUCAGACAGAGAAUGCAUUCAUUACUCGACCUUCCUCAGACAGAGUUUGCAUUCAUUACUCGACCUUCUUCAGGCAGAGAUUGCAUUCAUUACUCGACAUUCCUCAGACAGAGAAUGCAUCCAUUACUCGAACUUCCUCAGACAGAGAUUGCAUUCAUUACUCGACCUUCUUCAGGCAGAGAUUGCACUCAUUACUCGACCUUCAUCAGACAGAGAAUGCAUACAUUACUCGACCUUCCUCAGACAGAGGUUGCUUUCAUUACUCGACAUUCUUCAGGCAGAGAUUGCAUUCAUUACUCGACCUUCAUCAAAAAAGAGAAAGCAUUCAUUACUCGACCUUCCUCAGACAGAGGUUGCAUUCAUUACUCGACCUUCCUCAGACAGAGAUUGCAUUCAUUACUCGAUCUUCAUCAGACAGGUUGCAUUCAUUACUCGACCUUCCUCAGACAGAGGUUGCAUUCAUUACUCGACCUUCCUCAGACAGACAAUGCAUUCAUUACUCGACCUUCAUCAGACAGAGAAUGCAUUUAUUACUCGACCUUCCUCAGACAGAGGUUACAUUCAUUACUCGUCCUUCAUCAGACAGAGAAUGCAUUCAUUACUCGACCUUCCUCAGACAGAGGUUGCAUUCAUUACUCGACCUUCCUCAGACAGAGAUUGCAUUCAUUACUCGACCUUCAUCAGACAGAGAAUGCAUUCAUUACUCGACCUUCCUCAGACAGAGGUUGCAUUCAUUACUCGACCUUCCUCAGACAGAGAUUGCAUUCAUUACUCGAUCUUCAUCAGACAGGUUGCAUUCAUUACUCGACCUUCCUCAGACAGAGGUUGCAUUCAUUACUCGACCUUCCUCAGACAGACAAUGCAUUCAUUACUCGACCUUCAUCAGACAGAGAAUGCAUUUAUUACUCGACCUUCCUCAGACAGAGGUUACAUACAUUACUCGUCCUUCAUCAGACAGAGAAUGCAUUCAUUACUCGACCUUCCUCAGACAGAGGUUGCAUUCAUUACUCGACCUUCCUCAGACAGAGAUUGCAUUCAUUACUCGAUCUUCAUCAGACAGAGAAUGCAUUCAUUACUCGACCUUCCUCAGACAGAGUUUGCAUUCAUUACUCGACCUUCUUCAGGCAGAGAUUGCAUUCAUUACUCGACCUUACUCAGACAGAGAUUGCAUUCAUUACUCGACCUUCUUCAGGCAGAGAUUGCAUUCAUUACUCGACCUUCCUCAGACAGAGGUUGCAUUCAUUACUCGACCUUCCUCAGACAGAGAUUGCAUUCAUUACUCGACCUUCAUCAGACAGAGGUUGCAUUCAUUACUCGACCUUCCUCAGACAGAGGUUGCAUUAAUUUCUCAAACUUCAUCAGACGGAGAAGGCAUUCAUUACUCGACCUUCCUCAGACAGAGGUUGCAUUCAUUACUCGAACUUCCUCAGACAGAGAGUGCAUUCAUUACUCGACCUUCAUCAGACAGAGAUUGCAUUCAUUACUCGACCUUCUUCAGGCAGAGAUUGCAUUCAUUACUCGACCUUCCUCAGACAGAGAUUGCAUUCAUUACUCGACCUUCAUCAGACAGAGAAUGCAUUCAUUAGUCGACCUUCCUAAGACAGAGAUUGCAUUCAUUACUCGACCAUCUUCAGGCAGAGAUUGCAUUCAUUACUCGACCUUCAUCAGACAGAGAAUGCAUUCAUUACUCGACCUUCCUCAGACAGAGGUUGCAUUGAUUACUCGACCUUCAUCAGACAGAGAAUCCAUUCAUUACUCGACCUUCCUCAGACAGAGAUUGCAUUCAUUAAUCGACCUUCCUCAGACAGAGGUUGCAUUCAUUACUCGACCUUCCUCAGACAGAGGGGUUGCAUUCAUUACUCGACCUUCCUCAGACAGAGAAUGCAUUCAUUACUCGACAUUCCUCAGACAGAGAUUGCAUUCAUUACUCGACCUUCUUCAGGCAGAGAUUGCAUUCAUUACUCGACCUUCCUCAGACAGAGAUUGCAUUCAUUACUCGACCUUCCUCAGACAUAGAUUGCAUUCAUUACUCGACCUUCUUCAGGCAGAGAUUGCAUUCAUUACUCGACAUUCAUCAGACAGAGAUUGCAUUCAUUACUCGACCUCCCUCAGACAGAGAUUGCAUUCAUUACUCGACCUUCCUCAGACAGAGAUUGCAUUCAUUACUCGACAUUCAUCAGACAGAGAAUGCAUUCAUUACUCGACCCUCCUCAGACAGAGACUGCAUUCAUUACUCGACCUUCUUCAGGCAGAGAAUGCAUUCAUUACUCGACCUUCCUCAGACAGAGUUUGCAUUCAUUACUCGACCUUCCUCAGACAGAGAUUGCAUUCAUUACUCGACCUUCAUCAGACAGAGGUUGCAUUCAUUACUCGACCUACCUCAGACAGAGGUUGCAUUCAUUACUCAACCUUCAUCAGACGGAGAAUGCAUUCAUUACUCGACCUUCCUCAGACAGAGAUUGCAUUCAUUACUCGACCUUCCUCAGACAGAGAUUGCAUUCAUUACUCGACCUUCAUCAGACAGAGAUUUCAUACAUUACUCGACCUUCUUCAGGCAGAGAUUGCAUUCAUUACUCGACCUUCCUCAGACAGAGAUUGCAUUCAUUACUCGACCUUCAUCAGACAGAGAAUGCAUUCAUUAGUCGACCUUCCUCAGACAGAGAUUGCAUUCAUUACACGACCAUCUUCAGGCAGAGAUUGCAUUCAUUACUCGACCUUCAUCAGACAGAGAAUGCAUUCAUUACUCGACCUUACUCAGACAGAGGUUGCAUUCAUUACUCGACCUUCAUCAGACAGAGAAUGCAUCCAUUACUCGACCUUCCUCAGACAGAGAUUGCAUUCAUUACUCGACCUUCCUCAGACAGAGGUUGCAUUCAUUACUCGACCUUCCUCAGACAGAGUUUACAUUCAUUACUCGACCUUCAUCAGACAGAGAAUGCAUUCAUUACUCGACCUUCCUCAGACAGAGACAGAGAUUGCAUUCAUUACUCGACAUUCUUCAGGCAGAGAUUGCAUUCAUUACUCGACCUUCAUCAGACAGAGAUUGCAUUCAUUACUCGACCUUCCUCAGACAGAGAUUGCAUUCAUUACUCGACCUUCUUCAGGCAGAGAUUGCAUUCAUUACUCGACCUUCAUCAGACAGAGAUUGCAUUCAUUACUCGACCUUCCUCAGACAGAGAUUGCAUUCAUUACUCGACCUUCAUCAGACAGAGAAUGCAUUCAUUACUCGACCUUCCUCAGACAGAGAUUGCAUUCAUUACUAGACCUUCCUCAGACAGAGAUUGCAUUCAUUACUCGACCUUCAUCAGACAGAGAAUGCAUUCAUUACUCGACCCACCUCAGACAGAGAUUGCAUUCAUUACUCGACCUUCCUCAGACAGAGAUUGCAUUCAUUACUCGACCUUCCUCAGACAGAGAUUGCAUUCAUUACUCGACCUUCCUCAGACAGAGAUUGCAUUCAUUACUCGACCUUCUUCAGGCAGAGAUUGCAUUCAUUACUCGACCUUCAUCAGACAGAGAAUGCAUUCAUUACUCGACCUUCAUCAGACAGAGGUUGCAUUCAUUACUCGACCUUCCUCAGACAGAGAUUGCAUUCAUUACUCGACCUUCAUCAGACAGAGAAUGCAUUCAUUACUCGACCUUCCUCAGACAGAGAUUGCAUUCUUUACUCGACCUUCCUCAGACAGAGAAUGCAUUCAUUACUCGACCUUCUCAGACAGAGGUUACAUUCAUUACUCGACCUUCAUUAGAGAGAGAAUGCAUUCAUUACUCGACCUUCCUCAGACAGAGGUUGCAUUCUUUACUCGACCUACCUCAGACAGAGAUUGCAUUCAUUACUCGACCGUCAUCAGACAGAGGUUGCAUUCAUUACUCGACCUACCUCAGACAGAUGUUGCAUUCAUUACUCAACCUUCAACAGACGGAGAAUGCAUUCAUUACUCGACCUUCCUCAGACAGAGAUUGCAUUCAUUACUCGACCUUCCUCAGACAGAGAUUGCAUUCAUUACUCGACCUUCAUCAGACAGAGAUUUCAUUCAUUACUCGACCUUCUUCAGGCAGAGAUUGCAUUCAUUACUCGACCUUCCUCAGACAGAGAUUGCAUUCAUUACUCGACCUUCAUCAGACAGAGAAUGCAUUCAUUAGUCGACCUUCCUCAGACAGAGAUUGCAUUCAUUACUCGAACAUCUUCAGGCAGAGAUUGCAUUCAUUACUCGACUUACAUCAGACAGAGAAUGCAUUCAUUACUCGACCUUCCUCAGACAGAGGUUGCAUUUAUUACUCGACCUUCAUCAGACAGAGAAUGCAUUCAUUACUCGACCUUCCUCAGACAGAGAUUGCAUUCAUUACUCGACCUUCCUCAGACAGAGGUUGCAUUCAUUACUCGACCUUCCUCAGACAGAGGUUACAUUCAUUACUCGACCUUCAUCAGACAGAGAAUGCAUUCAUUACUCGACCUUCCUCAGACAGAGGUUGCAUUCAUUACUCGACCUUCCUCAGACAGAGAAGGCAUUCAUUACUCGAACUUCCUCAGACAGAGAUUGCAUUCAUUACUCGACCUUCUUCAGGCAGAGAUUGCAUUCAUUACUCGACCUUCCUCAGACAGAGAUUGCAUUCAUUACUCGACCUUCCUCAGACAGAGAUUGCAUUCAUUACUCGACCUUCUUCAGGCAGAGAUUGCAUUCAUUACUCGACCUUCAUCAGACAGAGAUUACAUUCAUUACUCGACCUUCCUCAGACGGAGAUUGCAUUCAUUACUCGACCUUCCUCAGACAGAGAUUGCAUUCAUUACUCGACCUUCCUCAGACAGAGAAGGCAUUCAUUACUCGACCUUCCUCGGACAGAGAUUGCAUUCAUUACUCGACCUUCCUCAGACAGAGAUUGCAUUCAUUACUCGACCUUCCUCAGACAGAGAUUGCAUUCAUUACUCGACCUUCUUCAGGCAGAGAUUGCAUUCAUUACUCGACCUUCAUCAGACAGAGAAUGCAUUCAUUACUCGACCUUCAUCAGACAGAGGUUGCAUUUAUUACUCGACCUUCCUCAGACAGAGAUUGCAUUCUUUACUCGACCUUCCUCAGACAGAGAAUGCAUUCAUUACUCGACCUUCUCAGACAGAGGUUACAUUCAUUACUCGAACUUCAUUAGAGAGAGAAUGCAUUCAUUACUCGACCUUCCUCAGACAGAGGUUGCAUUCAUUACUCGACCUACCUCAGACAGAGAUUGCAUUCAUUGCUCGACCUUCAUCAGACAGAGGUUGCAUUCAUUACUCGACCUUCCUCAGACAGAUGUUGCAUUCAUUACUCGACCUUCAUCAGACAGAGAAUGCAUUCAUUACUCGACCUUCCUCAGACAGAGAUUGCAUUCAUUACUCGACCUUCCUCAGACAGAGGUUGCAUUCAUUACUCGACCUUCCUCAGACAGAGGUUACAUUCAUUACUCGACCUUCAUCAGACAGAGAAUGCAUUCAUUACUCGACCUUCCUCAGACAGAGGUUGCAUUCAUUACUCGACCUUCCCUCAGACAGAGAAGGCAUUCAUUACUCGACCUUCCUCAGACAGAGAUUGCAUUCAUUACUCGGCCUUCCUCCUUCUUCAGGCAGAGAUUGCAUUCAUUACUCGACUUUCCUCAGACAGAGAAUGCAUUCAUUACUCGAACUUCUCAGACAGAGGUUACAUUCAUUACUCGACCUUCAUCAGAGAGAGAAUGCAUUCAUUACUCGACCUUCCUCAGACAGAGAGGUUACAUUCAUUACUCGACCUUCCUCAGACAGAGAUUGCAUUCAUUACUCGACCUUCAUCAGACAGAGGUUGCAUUCAUUACUCGACCUACCUCAGACAGAGGUUGCAUUCAUUACUCAACCUUCAUCAGACGGAGAAUGCAUUCAUUACUCGACCUUCCUCAGACAGAGAUUGCAUUCAUUACUCGACCUUCUCUCAGACAGAGAUUGACAUUCAUUACUCGACCUUCAUCAGACAGAUUGCAUUCAUUACUCGAUUUCAUUCAUUACUCGACCUUCUUCAGGCAGAGAUUGCAUUCAUUACUCGACCUUCCUCAGACAGAGAUUGCAUUCAUUACUCGACCUUCAUCAGACAGAGAAUGCAUUCAUUAG